AUGUACAUAUUGAGCAAUGAGAGAGAGAGGAAAAAGGAGGCGAAAAAGCAGAAGAGGAAGGUGAGCAAGGCAGAGAAGGGUAAGAAGGUAGACGGUGGUAGCAAAGUCAGUGGAACGAGUGGUGAAGGUAGAAGCGGAUUCGGAGGUGGGUUUGGAAGGGAGCGGAAUGUUAGGGUGGAGAAGACGUAUGUCAAAGUGGACGGAGGUGGAAUUGGGAGUAAAGAUGACUGGGAGGUGGGGAUGCCGCCGAAGACGAUUAAGCAGUACCAGAAGGAUUUGAGAGAGCUUAAGGAGAGUGGUCAGAGGGACAGGAGAAAAUCGAUGGGGUUGUAG